UGGCACAGCUAAGACGUUUUCUGUGUUGCCUUUCAAUAAAUAUUUUUUUGUUAACUCUCACUAACGCUGUUGAUGACGGCAAGUCCUGUGGAAAAACUCCAAAAAUUAAUCACUUGUCAGAUUAUACCAAUUUGAUGAAAAGUUUGAGAAUGUGCAAUCGAGUGGCUAAGUCGAAAGGUAUUACGGACGAUGAAGGCAGAAUAUACCUAAGUUAUCGAGUUCCUCUUAACACCGAUGAAGAUCCAAAUGAUCUAUGCCAAUGUAUACGAUCGUUCGUUCUGCAAGGUGAUUGGUGGCUUGGUGUAAAACAUUUUUGUUAUGUAGAGUGUGAUACUGUGACUUUAAUGUUGAUCGGAACUCCCGAUAAAGAAUUUAUCGAUGCAGUUCCGGUAUACCAGGACAAAGAUCCAAUUGAUGUACUGAGCCAGUUUUACGGAAUUUAUUCGAAUACACAAGUUUGGAAAGACAAUUGUUCUGCUAAGCCAGGAGUAUCGCAAGAUGGAUUGAAAAAUAUUGUUUGGACUUGCGAAUAUAGCGGAUCAAAUCUUCCACCGCCAGAUGUGCUCUGUGAUUACAUGAUCACUAGCAUAAAUGGGUCUUUUGAUAACAGCCUUUUAAAUAAAUCCGUAACACAUUCGUGUACGGUCAAGGGUGAAAAGUUCUACUUUAAUCUAGUUGCUAAUGAUAAGUCUUUAAAGCAGCUUAUCUUAACACUUAUCUCAUAGAAAAUAAAAUUAAUUUACUCACGCAACCGUUUUAUUUAUACAUUAUAUAGAACGAGUGUUCUCGGCAUAGCUGUAAGCAAAAGUAGAGUA